AUGGCUCUCCCAUCGCUCGCUGGAAAGCAGAACUACGCUGCCGAUGACUCCCCUUACGUGUUGACCAAUCCCAACAACGUCCCCUUGGAAAAGUUGUUUGCCGACAAUUUCCCCCUCCCCGAAAAGUGGCAAGACGUGUCGAUUCCCGUGCCUGGUACUGCCAAGCCCGGCUACUCGCCCGUGUUCCGCAAUAAGGCGUUCCCCAACGGCUUGAAGGAAGGGGUGUUGCCUGAAAUUGCCACCUACCACGACAUCUUUGAAGUGGCGGUGAAGUCGUACCAAAACGAGCCCGCCAUCGCCAAGCGCGCCUACGACCCCGUUACCAAGGUCAAUGGCGACUACCACGCCAAGACCUACGCCGAAAUCAACAAGGAAAAGAAUGACUUGGGCUCGGGGGUGUUGUUUUUGUUGAAAAACAAUCCGUACCUCGACGCCCUGCGGUUUGCCAGUCACCAAAAGAUCCUCGACCACGAAAAGAUCUACCGCCUGUUUAACCAAGAUAACAUUUCGUUUGUGCUUACGCUUUACGCCCCCAACUGUGAAGAAUGGGUCGUCACCGACUUGAUGUGUCUGUCGUUCUCGAUCACCAACACCGCGUUGUACGACACUUUGGGGCCCGAAACCUCCGAGUACAUUUUGCUGACCACGGAAAGUCCCGUGGUGAUCGCGCUGAAGCAACACAUCCCCCACUUGAUCAAGUUUAAGCAAACUAACCCCGAAUUGGGCAACUUGAUUUCCAUCAUCUCCAUUGAACCGUUAGGCGAAUACGACCAGCCGUUGGUACAAUCGGCUCACGCGCAAAACAUUACUCUUUUUGACUAUCAACAAGUGCAAAAGUUUGGUGAGAUUGCUGGCAAUCAACCCUGUCCCCCGUCUCCCGACACUUUAUACACCAUCUCCUUCACCUCCGGUACCACCGGCGCCAACCCUAAGGGGGUGUUGUUGACUCAAAGAAUCGCCAUGUCGGGGAUCGUGUUUGGCUUGUGCCACUUGCCGGUGCAAACCCGGAUGAAGUCGUUCUGCUUUUUGCCUCUCGCCCACAUCUUUGAGAGACAAACUACUGCUUGUAGUCUCUCUCGGGGCUGCUGCAUUGGUAUGCCUCAAUACGGCGGUUCUCCUCUUACCCUUGUUGAGGACUUGAAGCUUUGGAAGCCUAACUACAUGUCUAACGUGCCUCGUGUCUACACCAAGUUCGAAGCGGCGCUUAAGUCGGCCACCAUCGACAACCCUUCGGCGUUUAAGCAGAAGGUGUUUGGCCACGUCAUCGAGUCCAAGGAAAACGCUCAGGCUCAACACGACGGUGCUACCGGGGCUAACUUCUUGUACGACCACUUGUUCAUCUCUAAGUUGAGAGCGGCGCUUGGGUUCGACAACAUGAACUUCGUCAUCACCGGUUCAGCCCCCAUCUCGCCGUCGACGAUGAAGUUCCUCAAGGCGGCGCUUGCCUGUGGUUUCGCUCAAGGGUACGGUCUUACCGAGUCCUUUGCUGGGUUUGCGUUGUCGCCUCAAUGGCAAGCGGUGCCCGGUUCGCUGGGUCCCACCGCUGUCACUGUGGAAAUGAGAGUGAGAGAACUCCCUGAAAUGGGUCACUUCUUGCAAAACGAUGACGGCCUGCUUCGCGGUGAAUUGCAAUUGAGAGGCCCGCAAAUUUUCAACACUUACUACAAGAACCCCGAGGAAACUGCCAAGGCGGUGGACGAAGAAGGCUGGUUCUCCACUGGUGACGUGGCUAAAAUCGACAAGGAUGGCAGAUUGCACAUCAUCGACAGAGUGAAGAACUUCUUCAAGUUGGCUCAAGGUGAAUACGUCACCCCGGAAAAGGUCGAAAACAUCUACUUGUCGAACAACUCUAUUCUUACUCAAGCCUACGCCCACGGCGACUCCUUGCGUAAUUUCUUGAUUGGGGUCAUUGGUGUCACUAAGGAGGGUAUCACCGAUUUCUUGUUGGCUCAAGGGGUCAACCCUGGCGACUUGAAGUCGGACGCCGAUAUCUUGUUGGUGGCCAACAAGCCGGAACACCGCAAGACGUUGUUGGCGCAUUUGAACAAGAACGUUGAUGGCAAAUUGCAAGGGUUCGAAAAAUUCCACAACCUUGAAAUCCAAUUUGAACCGUUGACGUUGGAAAGAGGGUUGAUCACCCCCACGGUGAAGUUGAAGAGACCUGCGUGUAAGGCGUUUUUCAAGGAAGUGUUGGACCAACGCUACGAUGAGGGUUCGUUGAUUAGAGGUAACAAGUUGUAG